CGUUCGUAGUUCUGCGCGUCGUUAAUCUGUUCUCCGCUAACAAUAAAAGGAUAACGUGCAGUUGUUGAAGUUCUGUCGGAGGUUUGUUGUUGCGCGCUACGGAACCGUUCGAAGGAAAACGAUCGAGUCGACGAUUAAAGGACUUUCGAGAUACUCCGUUACGAACGGACAAAGUUGAACGGGGGUCGAACAGCUGAUGCUUUCUCAACACCGGCGAAAUGUCAAAGUCUAGACAAAUCACCCUGCGUGUGCAGUGUGCAGAGGGAACGAAGCGUAUAGAUGUAAAUCUCUCUGACACAAUUGCUCAAUUGUUCGAAAAGGUUUCCAAAGCCUUCAAUCUGAAUACCAUUGGAUUUGUACUUUAUAAGGAGCGCAAUCAUAAAAAUGAAAUUCCAGUUUCUCAAAGUAAAACAGUUGCUAGAGCAGGUCUUUCUCACGGAGAUAUGUUAUACUUAGCUCCCCAGAACAAUACACAAUUGUGGAGUGCUCCCUCAACUAGUACUGCCAACAUGGAUACUUCCCAAGAACCAGGGCCAAUGGAUACGACAGAAAUUACGAACCAUACUAGCAAUACUCCCCGAUCUAUGCCAAACGACGUCGACGAGGUUGACGAACAAUUAUACAAACUCGAGGGUAAAAUACAAAGAAAACGUGAUGAAAAAUUGUGUAGACAUGGUGCAAACGGGUGCUGUGUUCAUUGUACUCCUUUAGAACCUUUCGACGAAGCUUACCUUAAGGAACAAAACAUAAAACACUUAUCUUUUCACGCGUACCUCAGAAAGCUUACUACCGGCGUUGAUAGAGGGAAGUUUAUACAAUUAGACGAUAUAAGCUGCCGUAUAAAGACUGGUUGCAAAGAUCAUCCACCUUGGCCACGAGGUAUCUGUAGCAAGUGUCAACCAAGUUCCAUUACUCUAAACCGCCAACCUUACCGCCAUGUGGACAACGUGAUGUUUGAGAAUCCAAACUUAGUCGAGCGCUUCCUGAAUUACUGGCGUAGUACCGGGCAUCAACGCGUUGGAUUUUUAUACGGAAGAUACGAAGUGCAUACAGACGUACCGUUAGGGAUAAGAGCUGUCGUCGCAGCUAUUUACGAGCCACCACAGGAAAGUACAAAAAAUUCUAUACGACUUCUGCCGGACGAGAAGGAAGCGGUAGUGGACGAGCUGGCUCAUUUACUUAAUUUAAAAAGAGUUGGAUGGAUUUUUACUGAUCUUAUAGCCGACGAUAUUAAGAAGGGCACGGUAAAACACGUCCGAAAUAUAGAAAGUCACUUUUUAUCUGCUCAAGAGUGUAUCAUGGCCGGGUAUUUCCAAAACAAGCAUCCAAAUCCCUGCCGCUUCUCUCCUAAUAAUUAUUUUGGUUCGAAGUUUGUUACCGUUUGCGUCACUGGCGAUAACAAGAAUCAGAUUCACAUGGAAGGGUACCAAGUGUCGAAUCAGUGCAUAACGUUAGUAAGAGAUAGCUGUUUGGUUCCUACGAAAGAUGCUCCAGAGUUGGGCUAUGUAAUUGAGUCGACGGAUAAACAGUACGUUCCAGACGUCUUCUAUAAGGAAAAGGAUUCUUAUGGAAAUGAAGUGUCAAAGUUAGCAAGACCUUUGCCCGUAGAAUAUUUAUUAAUCGAUCUACCUGUGUCAACACCACUCACCCCGCAAUUCACUUUCUACGUCAGUGAAAAUAUUACUCCGUUUCCAGUUGAAAAUAGACUCAUCGAUGGUCAAAUUCAAGAAUUUAGCUCAUUGUGCUCUUACAUGCAACAAUUCACUAAAGACCAAUUGUUGGAAGCAAUCACCGAUUUUCAUUUGUUAAUUUAUAUAGCGACGAUGCAUUUGUUUCCGAUGAAGGAACAUAUGGCACCAUUAUUGGAGGCAAUCCGUAAUAAAGAUGCGGGAAGGGCAAGAGAGUGGUCGCAGUCUGAGCACUGGGCAACGAUAGAGGAAUUAAUGUCAGCGACCACGGCGUCUACGUCGCAGUCGACGUUCGAAGCUAAUUCGAGAAUGUCGACGUCCGGAAUCGCGGAAGGAAGUGGAGUCGCGGUCGGUACAGAUCCGGUCGCAAAUUCAGCUCCCAACCAGACACAAUGGACUUGUCAUUACUGCACUUUCCUGAACGCACCGGAUUUUGCGAUGUGUGAAAUUUGUAAUUUGCCAAGGAACACGUAACAAACUGUACCAUAUAUUGCUUUUGUACGCGUUUCAGGGUACCGUCCUUAAAACGCGACUUCGCUCCCGCGGUACUUGACGUGUAAAACGCGCGAGACUGCGGAUAUAAAAAUUGUUUUCAGCGCGUACUUCGCUUUAUUUAUGAGUGAAUAAAAAUGCAGCAAGUAUCGUUUA